AUGGCAUCAGAAGUGUUUGUCCGCGGGAUGCUCUAUCUCUCCCUGACCAUUGUGGGAAUUCCCGGUAAUGUAGCUGUAAUUGUGGCAUUCCUCAUCUUGCUGUACCAGGAGAAGCAACUUUUAACAGCUGAUGCCAUUCUCCUGCACCUGGCGUGCGCCAACCUGCUGGUGGUGGCUGUACGUGCUUUGCUGGAGACCCUGGCCUCCUUCCGUCUGGCCGACAUCUUUGGAAACACAGGCUGUAAAUCAGUGAUCUUUAUCUAUAGAACAUCACGCUCUCUCUCAAUCUGGCUCACCUUCCUGCUGAGUGCCUACCAGUGCUUGAGCAUUGCCCCUCCGGGAUCAAGAUGGGCUGCUGCCCGUGUCUUGUUAGGCCACUAUUUGGCCUUUGUGUUUGUUUUCCUUUGGGUUAUCAAUGCCUGCAUGACAACAGCAGCCACACUGUUUUCUUUCAGUACCAAGAAUGAAACUAGCCUGGCAGAAAACAGCAUUAAUGUACAAUUCUGCUCUGUGAACUUUCCAUCAAAGUUGUCCAGAGAUGCCAACGGGGCAGUCCAAGUUGCCAGGGAUGUUGUGCCUAUGGCAUUCAUGACUCUAGCAAGUCUAAUUAUCCUGGUCUUCCUUUACAAGCACAGCCAGCAGGUGAGGGGACUCCGCAGUGGUGGCAGCGGCAGAGCUGGAGGUAAUGGUGGGGCUGAGCAACGUGCUGCCAAAGCUGUGGUGGCACUUGUGACCUUGUAUGUUGCCCUCUAUGGGGUAGAUAACGGGCUUUGGGUGUACACCCUCACUGUGAAGAGUACCAUGAGUUCCUCACUGAUCUCGGACCUGCGUGUGUUCUUCGGCUCGCUGUAUACAGCACUAAGCCCUCUGGUUAUCAUUGCAUCAAACAGGAAGGUGAAUAGCAGGCUGGGGUGUGUAGCACAUGUUGCGGAGAAAACCAAAAAUCUUUCUAACAUAUGA